AUGCAAAACUCAGCUGAUGGAAUACCAGUACCUAAUAAAACCUAUGCCUACAGCUUCAGAGGUGAAAUAGUAAACAUAGAGCAAAAUGAAAUUGAUUUGAAAGCUACCUUUGACCCUGAAAUAUUCUUCAACAUAAUUUUACCACCUAUUAUAUUUCAUGCUGGAUAUUGUUUAAAAAGGGUGGAUGUUAAUUUAUAUGCUAUGAUUUUCGGAGAGAGUGUUCUUAAUGAUGCCGUGGCUUUGGUUCUGAGUGGAGCCAUACAAAAUUAUGAGAAAAGAUAUUCAAAUGAUGGUGGAUUUGAAAUCACUGCAUUCCUGGGAGCUAUUGGAGACUUUAUAGGAAUUUUCAGUCUUUCUCUUCUUGUUGGUGCAUUUAUGGGUUGCCUGACAGCAUUGAUAUCCUUUUCAAUAUUAAAUGCUAAAUAUAAU